AAGACUAGUGCAAUACCAGCUUUCAGCCUCGCGAGCUGCCUCACCACCAAAUAGGAACGAGGUAGUCUGGCAGCCAAGACCGACUCAGGCGUCCAACCAAGACAACCUGUUCGUUCAUAUGGCCUGACUCGCCCGCUGCUCUACGCGAUCCACAGUCCUAGUCGACCAGUGAACUCAACACCAUGCGUUUCAUCAUCGAAGCCGUUGUCACACUCGUUUUCCUUACCAUCACCCCGCAAGCCCAGCUCACCACCGUGAUCCCGUGCUGCCGAGUUGCUGCAGGCGACGUCCCGGAAGACACGCGCCAAUCAUGGUGUGACAUCCAGACAACCACAUGUAUCGAUCUCUGCGGCGGUCAGAACUACAUCUUCCAGAGCGACAACACAUGCGACUAUAACUCGCUCGAGUACGGCUGCAAGUGCGCCAAUGGCACCGACCUGACUACCAGUAUGGAAGUGUACCAGCAGACCGUCCGCGGCCAGAUGUGCGCCUUCUGGUACGAAGAGUGUAUCACCGCGACCAAAUCGCGCGACGGAACGAUCGACUUAGAGGAGCAAUCCAACUGCGAGAAGGCCCGCGAUAUUCACUGCCCAACUCAGAUCGUAGACCAGAGCUCCCGGUAUCCAGUGUAUACCUCACCAUCAGACUCGGGCUCGCAAAAGUCAGGCCUCUCUUCAGGCGUGAUUGCCGGGAUAGUUGUCGGCAUUGUCGGUGCGAUGGUGAUCGGGGCUGCAGCUUGGUGGUUCUGCAGGCGUCGACGAGCGAGCAACGCGUCGCUUGAGGGAGCUUCAGCUUCAGCCAACUUCUCGGUCUAUCACCAGAAGCAGCUGGACACGAGGUCUAUGUCAGAGUCUUCAAUGGGGCCAGAGUUUGGUGCUAAGAAACCGCUUGACGAUGGCGCAUCGUGGGUCUCGCACUCGAAGGCGGCCUCGAUCCGUUCGUCUAUCGAUCUGCCACCAUCAUAUGACGACAAGACGGCUUCAGAAAAGCCCGGUGCACCGCUCGCCAAGAAGAACUGAAGCACUGAAGGUGACACUGUCACUGGGAAACUGCAGCAGGUGAAAAUGGAGAGGCUAUGAGUAGGACGUACAGUGGUUGGGCGGCGAAAAGAACGAUCUGAUCGAGAUGUAGCGGAGAUCGUCCACAGGGAUUUCUGAGUAUAAAGUUAUUACCGGGAUACUUUGUCGUUUAU